GAUGAAGGACAAACGAAGGGUUCUGACCUUAUAUGGACUGGUUGGCGCGAAAGAAUUAAAACGUACACUAGAAAGCCCUACGUAUCCCACACUUUCCCCUGUUUUAAAAGGGACUUAAGGGAGUUUCCCCUCUUGCACCCAAGUCCAAGUUCCUACAUUUAAUAUAUUUCGGCACAGCACUGACCAGGUUGGUUUUUCGUCCUUUUAAACGGACCAAUUAUGCCUUGGCAAUGCAGCAUUUGUGGAGUAUUUUCUGCAGAAAAUCGCAAUCAACUAUUAAACCACAUAGGAAGAUGCCACAGGAAUGACCCCAACUUCCAUUGCUUGUGUGGCGUAGAUGGUUGUACCCGAACAUUCCGAAAAUAUUAUUCAUGGAGAAAGCAUUUACAACAAAAGCACCCCGAGCUACCAACACAAGAUGAUGGUCCAAUAGUUAAUAUGGAUCAUGAUAACUUCAUCAACCAAAAUGGCGAGCAAUUGAUUGAAAAUAUGGAGGACCCUACCAGGUCGGCUGCUUUGUACAUAUUGAAACUACAAGAGGAAUGCUCUCUACCCAAGUCCACCGUUGCUGGAAUUGUAUCCAACACGAAAACUAUUCUACAAGAAACAUUGGCACAUGUCCAAACGCAAGUGCAAGGUUGCCUAAGCAAUGCAAACAUUGACGAUCAAAACGUGCCCGGCCUGCGAGAGAUUUUUAAAGACAAUAUAACAACAAACCCAUUUCACAACUUGGAAACCGAAGCACAACAAUUUGCCUACUACAAAGCUCAUUUUGGAUUAAAGGAACCACAAAGAAUUGUUCUGGGGCGUAGAGAAGUUUUUAAAAGAAGGAAAGGUAUAAUGCAGCAAACCCAAGUCAAUGAUGAAGCAUAUUACAUCCCACUCUUGGACAGCCUUCAACAGCUUCUUAAUGAUGAGUUUAUUCUUGAAGAGAUUAAAAAUCCUCAUGUGAGCAUUGAUGGGCUCAUGAGAGACUACUGUGAUGGCUAUCAAUUCAAAAUGCAUCCUCUCUUUUCGGUAAAACCCACAGCUCUACAGAUCAUGCUAUAUUACGAUGAUCUGGAAACAUGUAAUCCACUUGGAUCAAGAGCAACCAUACAUAAAGAGCAUUCUACUACACGUUGGGUAAUAUCAAUCCCUUAA